UAACGAAACUAUAGUAGCAGGGAUGAGUAAUGGUAUGAUAUCUAUUAGGCAACGAGAAAAAGACAUUAAAAAAAAACUUUUGAAUCAGAAAAAAUUAUCUUAUAGAUAUACUGGUGCAAGUUUACAUUGUAUCGAUUUUGAUAUGUACGUACACGAAGUACCUAAAGAGGUAAUGGGGAAACAUGAUACAUGUUUAAGAAAAUUUCAAUAUUCAAAAGCACUCGAUUACGUAUUAAUGAAUUAUAUUGUAAAAAAAAGUCCUCAUACUACGGUUGCGCUUUUUCAAGAACUAAUUCGUCGUCAAGGUAUUAUUCAAGCAUUAGCUGGUCGAAAUGGAAAAUCUCUUGUUCAUAUUUUGAGAUUUAUUAUUCGUCAAAUUGGUAAUAUACGAUUUGGACGAGUGUUAUUACAUAUUGCAAAUACUAUUAUGGAUAUAUAUGGAGAUAGAUUAGAUGAAUUAAAUUUAGAAUCACAAGUAAUGUUUGAACACCUUGCACAAAAAUUAAAAGAAGAACAAGCAUUAAUAUUAUCGCUAAUAGAACUACAAGGGUCAUUAGAAAUGAUGCUUUCUGCAGCAGAAACAAUAAUUAUUCCCGAAGUCAAACAUUUAUAUAAUUUUGCACCAUCAAUAACUGCACAGAAACAUAUAAUUUUAAACAUAAAUUACAAGAAGAUUCAAAAGGUAUGA